AUGGUCACGCCAAGGUUAAAUGGUGGUUCGGCUAUGGGUUUGGUUAAUUGGUCUCAAUUGUUGCAAUGGAUGAGAACUCCAUCGAGGACAAUCUCUAGGAUUUUGAAACGAUUAGUGGCUCAAUGCACUAUCUAUCUUAUUUGGAUGGAGCGGAACGCGCGUGUCCACACAGGUUUGACUCUCUCUGCUGCAGAAAUCUUCAAACGGAUAGACCGAACUACACGGGACUCACUACUAGCGCGAUACUCACGGAGGCGCUGUAAUGGUCUCCUGUUGCAGUGGUUCACUUACUCGUAG